AUGCCCGGACUUCCGUCCACCGUAGACCUCGAUGAGUGUAUCUCGCGCCUCUCCAAAAAGGAGCUGCUGGCCGAAUCGGUAGUCGAGGCAAUAUGCGCCAAGACGAAAGAGCUUCUUAUGAAGGAGAGCAAUGUGGUGCAUAUUCGAGCGCCCGUCACGGUCGUGGGUGACAUCCACGGGCAGUUUUUUGACAUGAUGGAGAUAUUCAAAAUUGGCGGCCCUUGUCCAGACACAAACUAUCUGUUUCUAGGUGACUACGUCGAUCGCGGCCUCUUCUCUGUCGAAACUAUAUCCCUCCUCGUAUGCCUGAAGCUACGUUAUCCACACCGAGUCCAUCUCAUCCGCGGAAAUCACGAGUCUCGUGGAGUGACCCAGUCAUACGGCUUCUACACUGAGUGCUCGCGCAAAUAUGGCAACGCCAGCGUCUGGCACUAUUUCACCGAUAUGUUCGACUUCCUCACACUCUCUGUCGUCAUCAACGACCAGAUAUUUUGCGUGCAUGGCGGCCUGUCGCCCUCGAUCCAUUCCAUCGACCAAAUCAAAAUCAUCGACCGCUUCCGAGAGAUACCCCACGAAGGGCCCAUGGCGGACCUGGUGUGGAGCGAUCCAGACCCCGAACGAGACGAAUUCUCCCUUAGCCCAAGAGGUGCGGGGUACACGUUCGGCGCGCAGGUCGUCAAGAAGUUCUUGGAGGUGAACGGAAUGUCGCACAUUCUCCGUGCUCAUCAGCUUUGUCAGGAAGGUUACCAGGUCCUCUACGAUGAUCGACUGAGUACUGUAUGGAGUGCGCCAAACUACUGUUAUCGGUGUGGAAACAUGGCGAGCGUGCUGGAAGUUAGCGAUACUGGCGAGCGAUUCUUCAAUGUUUUUGAUGCAAGUCCCGAUAACGACGUGCAUCGCGCAGAGCAACAGCAACAACAAGGAAAGGAGGUGACGACGGAAUACUUCCUAUGA